CGUCGGUUUGCGAUUGGUUAUUUGUUGCAGGUGCGAAACACCACAAAUGCGUCUCAUUUUGCAGAAAGGAUAAAACUGUAUUCAACAAAAGCAGCAUAAGAAAUAUACUCGCGCCACUAUCGGAGGUAUUAAAAUAUGGUGAUCGCACAGGCUGCUUUAGUUUUACUUUUGGUUGCUGUUGAUGCAAGGCCAUGGGGACCUGGAUGUGCGGAUGGUAGUUAUGGUUAUGGUGGAUGCGGUCACCAUCAAGCUAACGGUUAUGGCGGUGCACACCAUGCUGCUGGUUGCUGCAACGGCCUAGCCCAUGGCGGACAUCACGGAGGAGCAUACGGACAAGCUGCUCAUCAUGCCGGAGGAUAUGGUGGUGCAUACGGAGGCCAUCAUGAGGACCAUGGAGAAGAUGUUAAAGUAGAGACUCAUGGUGUUCACCAUAUCGCAUCUCAUGGUGGUAUCCAUCAUGAACAUGGUGGACUUAGAGGAGGACAUCAUGGAGCUUACGGAGGACAUGGAGCUCAUGAGGCAGGUAACUUUGGUCAUGUUCAUGGCGGACACUAUGGAUUAGGUGGAAAUCAUUAUGGUGGCUCCGAUUACGGACAUGGACACCAUGGUGGGUAUGUGCAUGAGCCUUGUCACACUCCAUGCCACACUGUUGGUGGAUGUGGUGGAUGUGGUGGUUAUGGACAUCUUGGUGGUGUUGGUGGAUAUGGAACAGGUCUUGGUGGAGUUGGUGGAGUUGGUGGUCUACAUGUUUAUAAAAAAGAAACUGUGAAAGGAAAAAAAGUUCAACAAGUUACAAAAGCCGAGGAGGAGAAUGAAGAUGAUGAUGAUGACGAAUCUGAAGAUGCUGAAGCUGAAAGUGGAAAUAGUAGUGAUGAAGACAUGCCAAAUGGAGCUAAAAAAUCAACUUUGGUCAAGGAGAAGAAAAAUGGAGAAGAAAAGAAUGACAAAGAAAAGCCAGAAAUAAAUAUGAUGAUGAAUAGUGAAAAAAAAAAGGAAGAUAACUUGCCUGAAAAUAAAAGUUCAGAAAAGAUAAAUGAUGAGAAAAAAGUUGGUGAUACAAAAAACUCUUCUGAUGUAAAAUCUGUUGAUGAUGUUUCUAAAGUGGAGCAGUUAAAAUCAGGAGAUGCCAAAGUUGUAGAUAAUAAAGAAGAUGUUAAAUUAAAAGAAGGUGUUAAAGCAGAAGGUAUAAAAGAUAAAGAAGAUGCAAAAAUUCAAGAUUCAGAAGAAAAAACGGUUCAAAAAACGCAAAAUAAAACAAAUCAAGAUGCUGGAACUGAAAAAGUUCAAAGUGCAGAAAAUAAAAAAAUUACUGCUGAAAAAGAUGUUGCUGAACCAAAGACAAAGGAAGAUAUCAAACUUAGGGGUGCUCAGAAAGCUUAUCAUAAAGCAAAAGAAGCUCACAAAAAAGAUGCAAAGAAGUUUGAAAAUACACUAAGUGUAAAUGAACAGCCUAAAGCAGAAGCAAAAGAAGAAAAUGGUCAGCUUGCAGAAAAAGCAGAAAACCAUGAUACAGCUACUGUCCUAGGUAAUCCUAGACCAUCAUCAUUUUCUGAAUCAAAGCACAACAACAAGACUACUGUUGGAGAUCCUGAAGCCAAAAAGUACCUUUCAACUGCAAAUGCUGCUAUUGAUGUUGCUGCAGAAGCUGUUGUUGAUGCAGAAACCCUUGAAAGUGGGCAUAAAGAAAAUGCAGUAGAUAAAGGAGGAAUGAAAUACUUAAAAGCUGCAAGUGAUGCUGUUGCUGCUGCACAUGAAGCUUUGUCACGAGCUGCAGAACUUGGAGGAUUUGGAAGUUUACCUGCUCCAAACUUUAAACCUUUAGAAAAAGGCGAGAAAGAUACUACCCUGGCAAAGAAGUACACACAAGCUGCAAGUGAAGCUGUCAACGCUGCGGAAAAAGCUUUAGACAACCUUGCAGCUAUUGGAUAUCCUGAUGUCAUUCCUCCUGUUAAUGAGGCAAAAUCUCAGCCAACAAAUGAAAAUAAUGCAGUUAAAAAACAUGAUGUAAAUUUUAUUUUGAAUAAAGAAGAAUCAAAUGAAGAUGCUGAAAGCGGAUCUGGAGAAACUAACACUGAGAAUGCACAAGUAAAGUCAAUUAUUGAAGCACCUAGUAAGAGAGACCGACAGGGAGAGUUUAUUGAAGUUGCCAAUAAAGCUGUAGAUGAAGCACACGAAGCUCUUAUGAAUGCAGUUCGAAAAUUACCGAACAAAAGAAGUGUCUAAGUGUUUUAAGUCAUUUUGUAAAUUUGUAAACUGAGAGUUUUGUAAAAAAAAAAGAAAAAUUUUUUUUUUGUAAGAGUAACUUAUUUUUAUUUAUAAUUUUCGAUAGCAAUGUUAAUUUUUCAUAGUUUUGUUAACGAUAAUAACAAUGAUGUAAUUUUCAUACUGAUGAAACAAUGUCAAAAAUAA